UGCUUAUCUCUGAAGCAGAACUAACAUUAUUGUUACAUUAGUUGAUAUGGCAAUUCCUUUGUGUAGUACGUUGGAAUCUACAGUUAUUGGGCCACUCAACUUUAAAGAGGAAAUUGAUGACCCUCCAACCCGUUUGAUGGACUAUUCAAGGGUGUCUUGCAUGCUUUGCGAUAAUAUAUACGAUUUCAAUAUCGGAGACUCUAAAGACCAGUAUCUAGCACACCUUUACUUGAUACAUCGGUUGGUGAUCGCGGAUGUGGAAGAAAUAGGCUGUUUGCCUAGUUACAGCGUAUUCUGGAAAGAAAAGUUUCAAAAACGCUCCUUGGAAGAAUUCUGUUCGGCUAUGCUAAUGAAUCAACUUCCUGAUGGUACUCCUGCAUGUAACGAAAAGUACUUUCUACUAAGCAACAUUGAGCCACUCGACUACGAGCUUAGGGAGAAAUUGAAGCGUGAUGUUAUGAAACUAGUUUUGGAGCGGCACCAAUUUGAGCGUACAAAUCGAAGCUUUAAUCGUAAAUGUUUAUAUUGCAAAGAAACUGAUAUGAAAACAAGAGUUGCAUAUAUAGAGCAUCUAUACACGAAACAUUUUCUUCAGUUAGGUAAAGCGGAAAAUUUGGUCUUCGUUGAUGAGUUAGUGGAAAACGUGCAAGAUAAGAUGGAUCAGCUAGUAUGCCUUUUCUGUGAAAAAGUGUUCAAAGACAGACCGACCCUAAAGGAACAUAUGCGUAAAAAAGGCCAUAAACGAAUUAAUCCAUAUAAUAAGGCUUACGAUCGGUUUUUCCUAGUAAACUAUCGAAACGAUCGACUUAAAAAGCAACCAGAGGUCAUAGAAAAACUUUCUACGAAACCAUGUGAACGAGAACAUUCGCCUUUUGAAUUAGAGGGAUCAGAUUCGGACUGGUCAGACUGGUACGGCGAAGAACAACAAGCAACCUGCCUGUUCUGUUCAAUUGCAACGUCAAAAGUCGAAGAUUUGAAAAUGCACAUGAAACAAACUCACUGCUUCGAUUUCGAUUCUUUGGUUGCGGGCUUAAAUUUUUAUCAACGAGUCAAAAUAGUGAACUAUAUUCGCAGACAAAUGCACAUUUUACGGUGCGUUAUCUGUCAUGAAGAAUUCAUCAGUAAAGAACAACUACAGGACCAUCUGGUGCAACAACUGCAUUAUGGCAUUGGAGAGCAACGGUACUGGGAUCAACCUGAAUUUUUUUUCCCAACCUUCGAAGAUGACCAAUUUUUAUGUCAUUUGGAAGAUGACAGUCCCGAUCAAUCAGACGACAGCUCGAUAGUUAUUUCGGAAAAGAUCUCUGCAAAUGUCAGUGCUGAAGCAGAAUCAUUAUCGUUGGAUAAUUUUAAGCUAGCAUAGAAUCAAAGGAUUUACCUACUAACGAAGAAUAUUUUGUAAUUAUCAAAUGUAAAUUAAAGCUAUUUAAGUUUUAAA